AACCAUUCCGUUCAAAGGCUCCGGCGCCAUUAAUUCCAUUCAAAGUUUCCGGCAAGGUGCGACUCAAUAACAACAGCUACCAGCUCGACUCGCUUCGCACGUCUUCUUUCUUUCACCAUUAGCACAAGCUAGCUAGCUCGAAGCACAACACGAUGGUUCUACCCAUGUCGAGAGCUACGAGGGUGGUCCCGGAGCUACCGCUCCUACGGCGAGGGAGGCGUCAGGUGGCCGCGUCGACCGACGACGAGCCAGCAGAACCGGCGGUACCGGCGCACUUCCUCUGCCCGAUCUCGCUCGAGCUGAUGAAGGACCCGGUCACGGCGCCCACGGGGAUCACCUACGACCGGGACAGCCUCGAGGGCUGGCUCGCGCGCGGCCGCGCCACCUGCCCCGUCACCGGCGCGCCCGUCCGCCUCGGCGACCUGGUCCCCAACCACGCCACGCGCCGCAUGAUCCAGGACUGGUGCGUCGCCAACCAGGCCGAGCGCGUGCCCACGCCCAAGGUGCCCGUCGCCGACGCCGACGCGGCGGAGGUGCUCGCGGGCGUGUCCGCCGCCGCCAGGCGCGGCGACGCGGCCGCGUGCGGGGCCGUGGCGGCCAGGGCCAGGGCGCUCGGCAAGGAGAGCGACCGCAACCGACGCUGCCUCGCGGCCGCCGGCGCCGCACGCAGGCUGUCCUCCGCGUUCCGCGACCUCGCCGGCGAGCCCGUCGACGGCGCCUCGGUGUCCGCCGCGCUCGGGAAGAUCCUCGCCGCGCUCACCGUCUUCUUCCCGCUCGACGAGGAGUCCCGCCGCAGCAUUGCCUCGCCCGCCUCCCUCAAGACGCUCGUCUCCGUGCUCGCGCACGGCGACCUCGCCGCGCGGGCCAGCGCCGCCGUGGUCCUCCGCGAGCUCGCCUCCUCCGCCGACCGGCCCACCGUCGACGCCAUAUCCCGCACCCCCAACGCCUGCGCCGCCCUACUCGGCCUCGUCAGGGACCCCGUAUCCCCGCAGGCCACCAAGGCGGCGCUCGUCACGGCCUACUACCUCAUCUCCGCCAGCGACCGCGCGGCUGCCCGCUUCGCGGACCUCGGCGCCGCGCACGUCGUCGCCGAGCUCCUCGUGGACGCCGACAAGGGCACCAGCGAGAAGGCCCUGGCCGUGCUCGACGGCGUCCUGUGCGCGGACGCGGGUCUCCACUCCGCGCGCGCCCACGCGCUCGUCGUGCCCGUGCUCGUCAAGAAGAUGUUCCGCGUCUCCGACAUGGCCACCGAGUUCGCAGUCUCCGCGCUCUGGCGCCUCUGCCGCGGCGCCGACGCCGGCGCCGCCGCGUGCCGCGCCGACGCGCUGCGCGUGGGCGCGUUCCAGAAGCUGCUACUGCUGCUCCAGGUCGGGUGCGGCGGUUUGACCAAGGAUCGGGCCAGCGAGCUGCUCAAGCUGCUCAAUGGCGCCAGGGGCAGCGUCGAGUGCAUCGAGACGGCCGACUUCAAGGGGCUCAAGAGGCCAUUCUGAUCCAUGCAGAAUUUUAGUGUCAGCUUUCAAUUUUUUGUGUAGAUUGAUUUGGGACUCUGAUUAGGCGCGCGUGUGGAUAAAACAUACAAUUAGGAUGAAUAGAUUUUUCUUCUUCUUUACAACUGUAAUUGCAUACUCAUACAUAGGAAAGAUGAACACAGAAGAGAAUUAACUGAUCAUUUUUUUCACAAUAUAA